CAGCAACAGCGGCACCAGCAUAACUUCUCCCUUUUUAAUUACUUUUCUUUUUUGUUAUUACAGAUUUAACUGAUCGAUCAGGGGAACAUCAACUGCAAUCAUGGGAGGCUACCUUGUGCUCACUUUGUUUGUUUUUCUUGUUGAUGGUCUGGUUGCUGACACAUCUGGAUUGAACUUGCUGUCAGUGAUGGAGGGACACAAUGCGACUCUAAGCACAGGAGUUACCAAACAACAACGUGACAAGAUGCUGUGGUAUUUCAACAAUACUCUGAUAGCUCUGAUCAAUGGAGAUCCCAGUAAGAGUUGUCUGUAUUAUGGUGAAGGAGGGAUAUUCAGAGACAGACUGAAGGUGGACUAUGAGACUGGAUCUCUGAUCAUCACAGACAUCACAACUCAACACGCUGGACGUUAUGAAGCAAAUUUCAUCCAAAGCAAGAGCACGGGAACCAGCCAAAGCUUGAAUCGAAACAGCAAGUGUGACGGCACAAAAAUCACCAGAAAAAUGAGCAACAUCGGCGAAGCCAUCAAAACUUCAAGUGUUUCUGUCACUGCCUCUCUCUCUAGUACUGACAAACCCAACAAAGUAUCAUACAAUGGGGACAAGGAACAAGAGCAUGAAAGCAGUCUGUCUUUGGGUCUUAUAGCUGGAAUAUGUGUUGGUGUGUUGCUGCUAGCUACAGCUGCUAUUCUUGGUGUGAUUAACUAUCGUUGCAGGAGAUCUAGCAAGGAAAACAUUGAUAAAAACAAGUCUGAGCAGCUGCUGAAAGUCCCAUUGUAAGAACGACAAAGGUCGAGCGAUUUGACAAGAUUGUAACAAGAACUGGGCCCCCUCAGACUCAAAUAUAAGGAGAGCAAUUUAGUGGGGAAGAACAGUGAACCAAAUCUUGUAAAAUGUUCAUUAAAAG